GAAAUGUCAUAUUCCUCCUCAGCUGCUGAUUUGCAUUACCCCGUGGACAUUGUGGACCUACGCUGUUCAGUCUCUCCUUUCUGCUGGGAAGGAAUCAGGAUGCCAGUGCCUCUGGGAAAACUGGUCUUUUUUACCAGUGUGAUGACUAGUGGGGGCUGUGCCCUUGUGUAUUACCUUGUACAAAAAACUUUUUCCAGGGCUUCCUAUUACCAGUUGGCAUUGGAGCAGCUGCAUAGCCACUCUGAGGCUCUGGAAGCUCUAGGCACUCCUCUCAACAUUCACUAUCUUCAUCUCACUGACAAGUACAACUUCGUGGACAUUGCUGAUGCCCAGUUGAAGAUUCCUGUCUCUGGAUCCAGGUCAGAGGGCCAUCUUUAUGUUAUUUCAUCCAGAGAUGCCCCCUUUAACAGGUGGCAUCUUCAAGAGGUCUUCUUAGAGCUCAAGGAUGGUCAGCAGAUUCCCAUGUUCAAGCUCAGAAAGGAGAAUGGUGAUGAAGUAAACAAGGAGUAAAUAUUGAAAAGACCCAGCUUUCUCCAAGCAUAGGCUACCCUCAUUAACAUGUACCCUCCAUGACUUUGAUUCAGUUUUCUAGUCAUCAAGAGGGAUGAUUAUAUAUGCUGGCAUCUGAUAGUUUUGUUUUAAUUCUAAUUUGACCAUAAGGAAUGCUAUUAAUGUUUUAUUUAAUCAGACAAACAUUUACUCAAAGUUUAUAAUUAUUUGAAAGUUCUCUGUACAAAAACCUGAGUAAAAUCACCAGUAUUA